GGCGCACGAUCGGUGCAGUUGAUAAAUGGAGGAUUCGUGUUUGUCAAGGUAGUUUUGUUUACGCGAAAAUUUUCACUCGGUAACAACUUUCCGCGCGUCUCGUUUGUGCUGAAGGGGUAGAUGAAGAAUAUUAUAACAUGUCCCGCAAUCACAAGGACAAAUAUGAGAACUCCAACCCGCGUCGUAUGUAUACACUCAUGUGUCCUGAGGACUAUCAAUCGGGGAAGAAAUCUCAUUGGUCGGAGUUGGAGAUAACAGGCAGUAUAAGGAACUUGAGCCCCAACUUGUGGCAGAUGACUCAUCUAACAGCUUUGUAUCUGAACGAUAAUAGCCUGCAGAGAGUGCCGUCUGAGAUUGGCCGUCUUGUCAACCUGCGUAUUCUGGAUCUCAGUAGCAACAAGCUGCGCAGUCUGCCUGCUGAACUGGGGGAGCUCAUCUACCUCAGGGAGUUGUUAUUGAACCAAAACUAUCUUCGCGUGUUACCGUACGAACUAGGAAAGUUGUUCCAGUUACAAGUGCUCGGACUUCAAGGAAAUCCGCUCAGCAAGGAUGUGAUGACGUUGUACGGGAAUGGAGAGCCUGCGGGGACAAACAAGCUGCUGACGUAUAUGUUGGACAACUUACAAGGGUACGCGAUAUGCAUCUGCUUGGCAAUAAUGAUUAUAAAUAUUAAUAUUAAAUAUUAACUGAGAAAGCAAAGU